AUGUAUUUGUCAUAUGAAGCCAUCUGGGCAAGAGGAUCUCAGUUACAACUCAUUCGUCUUGGUACUGGCUGUCCUAUGACUCGAUGCAAUAAACGCGCACAGCGAAAAGGAACGCGGAGCUAAACUGGGAAACCCGUCAACCAACUCUAUCGACCCAGGUUCGAUCGUAACAUCCCAUAAUUUCUACACAAUACAGUGAGAAAGAAGCGACGGACGCCAUGUAGUAAUGCCUGCCUAAACCUUGUCCCCUUUCUCUGCACCUCCACUGCCACUAGCCUCUCUAAGCACUCGUUCGUCAACGCUUCCACCCGUAGGUUCUACCACUCUUCUAUUAUCAACCUUCAUUCAAUCAUUAUUAAACGUUUCUCUUAAUAACUCGACCUCUAUUUUCUAAUGAGUAACUACUCCGAUUUGUUGAUUUCGCGAUACUUUUAAUAUGGACGAAUGAGUUGAAAUUUAUGAAAAAACGGUAUUAAUAAUUGAUUAGUUCAUUCUAUUUCUUGACCAGUUUAUCGGAAGCUCAUGUUUUUUUAUAUUUUUUUCUUAGAAUUCUUUAUUUUAUAAAUUUAGUAUUCAUAUAGGUUGAACUGGAAAGGAUCAACCUUGCAAUUCAAAAGCUCAUCUAAAUCUGGCUCAAUCUGUCGGUUUUGUUUCACAAAUCAUAACUUCAGAAAUGCGAAUUAUUCCCGAGAACAUCAUCGCUGAGGGGUCACUUAAGCGGUGUCGCAGAACCAGAGUUUUAGGGGUGCGUCCUUUUCGAUAAAAAAAAAAGAUUAAAAAGUUAUGAGUAACAGUGUCAGUUUCUCAUUGUAAAGAAUCCUUUUCUCAUUGAAUAAUUUCACGCUGAACAUUACUUAAAUUUAGGCGAAAUGGUGCAACAGGUACAUGGUUCUCUACAAGAGAGACUCUCGGAGCGAUUCCUACGUUCUGCUCGAAUUCAAAAGUGAAGCGAAAAGUCGCAUCAUUAAGACUUAUGACCUUGACCAAUGCUCCAAAGUAAGUUUUUGAGUUGAAAUGAAAUGGAGAUAAAUGUGAGAUAAUAUUACAUAAUAACAGAUUAAAUUUUUUCUUAUUGAACUUCAUGUUGAGAUUAUCACGUUCCAGGUGGAAUCUCACCUAACCCUGAGCGAUCCAUCUCUCAAUUGCGGCACGGGAAACCGUAGCUUUCAAUGGAUUUUUUCGAUAAGCUUGACAAGAGAUGAGAGUCAGAAAGAGCUUUAUUUCGUCGCAGACUCAGAAGAUGUAAGAAAAAAUAAACUCAGUGACGAAAAACCAAAAAAAAAACUCAGACCAUGAAAACCUGGGUGGACGAAAUUUGCAAAACUUGCAUUCUGGAACCUCUUGGCGGCUCCUCUGUACCAGACUCUUUAGAAUUUCUGGAACCAAUAGGUAUUUAAAAAAAUUGAUUUUAACUCUUCGAGCUGAAAAAAAUAUAACUUUUUUUCUACAUAAAAAAAUAUUCAGAUCGCGUUCCGGCUGGGUUGAUGAAUGAACUUUCUGCAUCGGAAAAUUCUUUUUGAAUCGCUUGAUCCCAUCACUGAAAUCCCGACGGACCAUAGAAGAGUAAAUUCCAUCAUGUUAUUGCUUUACAUAUUAACAGACAAUGUCGUAAGAUACGACCAGAAGCUUAUAGUUUCAGAUAGACGAGAGAAAAGCUUAUUUACACCUUCAAAACUUCAGCAGUACCUCAAUAAGCCGUUCUGGUCCACGAGAACAAAACCUGGGCGCUCGUUCAGGUGAAAGAUAAAACAGACCAAACCCAACCACAACAAGGACUCCAGAAUUAUACGGGAUUAAUGAAACAGCAUCGGUUUCUGGAUGUUCCUCACUUGGGUCAUCGAGAAGAAAUAUGACUACAGAAGAUGACAGCGCAAGCUGCGUCAGCGCACCAUUUGGACCACCUGUUCCACCAAGGUAAAUUUUUUACGCGACAUAAAAAGACUAUCCAGUAAAAACAGAGGACGCCCCACGAGAGGAACCGCAUCUGAACGAAUUUUAAGCAUCAAAGUAAGUAUUUGCGACCUUUGGACGUUUAGGAAGAUUGAAAUUUCAGAUGGACGGUGGAAGAAUCCUGAACAAACCGAUAUCGUCCUACGGACACGUAAUAGAAGAGAAUGAAAGCAGUGGGGAAACUAUAAAAUAGUAAGACUACGAAAUAUUUGAAUAGGUUAAGCUUUCAGCGAUUCCAGUAGCAACGUAGACCGUAACUCGAACGAAGAACUCUCUGAGAGGAGCACAGAUUUCAAACAGUGAGUUCCAAAAAGCUGGUUUCAAUACCUUUCUUAAUUUAGUACCAAAAACGGCGUAGUUCCACCACCAGUCGAUCGCUCUAACAAACCCGCAAAUCUACGAUUGGAAGACGACCACCGGAGGAAAAAGAAGUAG